AUGUGCGAAUGCAGUUAUAGUUAUGAAGAUUACAGGGAGACAGCGGACUGGCUGCUGGCCCACACAGAGAAGCGACCCAAAGUAGCCAUCAUCUGUGGCUCCGGCCUGGGGGGCCUGGCAGAGCUCCUGGAAGACAAAAACGCCUUCCCGUACGAGGACAUUCCUCGGUUCCCCACCAGCACAGUGCAGGGCCACGCAGGCCGCCUGGUGUUCGGGAGGCUGCAGGGCUGCGAGUGCGUCUGCAUGCAGGGCCGCUUCCACUUCUACGAGGGCUACAACACACACACGGUGACAUACCCGGUGCGAGUCUUCUUCCUGCUGGGGGUGGAAACUCUGAUUGUGACAAACGCAGCAGGGGGGCUCAAUGAGGCCUACAGCGUCGGGGACAUCAUGCUCAUCAAAGACCACAUCAACAUGCCUGGCUUUGCCGGGCAGAACCCCCUCUGUGGACACAACGACGAGAGGUUCGGGGUGCGCUUCCCCUGCAUGUCGGACGCGUACGACCGAGAGCUGCGGGCCCUGGCCAGGACGGCCGCGCAGGAGCAGGGCUGCGACGGCUUCCUGCAGGAGGGCGUCUACUGCAUGCUGGCCGGACCCACGUACGAGACCAUCGCGGAGUGCAGGGUCCUGCAGACGCUCGGGGCUGACGCCGUGGGUAUGAGCACGGUGCCGGAGGUGGUGGUGGCUCGGCACUGUGGCCUUCGCGUCCUGGGUCUGUCUCUCAUCACCAACAAAGUCGUGUUGGAUUAUGAGAGCAGGGAGAGGGCCAACCACGCCGAGGUGCUGCAGACCACCGAGCUCCGGGCUCAGGACCUGCAGAGGCUGGUCAGCCACCUCGUCUCUCAGCUGUAGCCUCUUCACCCGGCCUCUUUUUGCUGACUAAUGUACCAGACUUCCAGCCCUGCUGGGGGUGCUCAGCUGCAGGGAUCUUAGAUGUGAGCAAACGUAUGUGAAAAUGGGGAGUCUGUCAGGUUUUUACUGUUUGGUUUUUAUUAAUUGUGGGUACAGCUAUCGGCUUCAGAGUUGAAGCACAUAGAGAAUGUGAUGAGUCAGUUUUUGAGUUGGAGAAACUCAUGUUGAUGGUUUAGGAAUUGUUUAUGGAUCCUCUAAUAAUGAAUCAUUCGCACAUGCUGGAUGUUUUUUAAAUCUGAAAGCACAAAACCAAGCUUGUUAGCUACUGCUCGUAGUUAUCUGCAUGUGAUUUCCAUUUGGGGGCUGUGCACACAACCAGACCCGAUAACGGUAAUAAUCAUUAGAUCUCUAAAAACACUUGGAUUUAAUUCAACACCUGGUGCAGAAUCAAUGUUUUACAGUCUUCCCUGACAAAACCCACACUUAUCCGUCACACUGAUUAAGAUAACAGAAAGGCUGGCGAAGCCACUUUGGGGUUUAAAUCUAAUGAAACGGCGAGCAAAACAGAAAGGAAGGUCAAAGAAAAGCUCUUCCAGGUUUGCAGAUCCAGUCGUAUUCUUUCAGCUGCCUUAAAGAAAAGACGGUUUCUCUGUUUCUUGACAGAAAACCCAUCAGAAAUGGCAGACGUGGGGAAAAAGAAAGGUUCAGAAAGUUAAAUAAGCUUUUAUUUCAGCUUUAUACAUUUUUUGUGGAGAAAGAAUUGAACAAACUGAAACCUCAUGAACAAAGAUCCCUAAAUGUUUCCUGUGGGGUGGCACUGGUAAAAAAUGAGGGUCUUUCUUGUCAGCAGUCAAUAUUCUUUUAUAAUCAUUUGUUGAUCUUACCUUUGGUGUUAUUUGCUGAUAUUUGAUAUUAUUAGCCAUCCCGUUCAAGCUCAGUUCCUCUUCCAUACCUGUGUUUUUAGACUCAAAGCCCAACAGAAAGGUCAAGUGACCCUUAAGACUUGGGUCAAAUCCUACCCUCAGUUUUCAAGAUGCAAACUUCCCCUUUUCUUUGUGGAAAGAUUGGAGUGGUUGUCAUUUCCACCUCAAUCAAAACAUCAUGGAUGUUUAGAUGGCUAGAUUACCUCUAUACAGAGGGGGUAAAACCCAAAGCAAAAUGUGUCUGUUACUCCUCCAAAACAAAGACGCAGGGGCAAAAUAGAUGAGAACAUUGCAUGCUAGGGAGUGGUCUUCAUAUGUAAAUGAACCCACUUAACAUUCGCUGCUAUUAACAGGAAAUAUAGUGAUUGUAUAUUAAAACCUAUUUGAUGUAUUAAUCGGCACUAGCACACUUUCUUUCCAGGUCAAUUAGAGUUUAUACUGUAAAUGAACAAAAUAACAUUGAUUUAUUAUGUAUUUAUUUGUGAAAUAAUGCAAAUCAUUAAAAAAUGAGUCCUGGUUUGAUUUAUUGUUGAAAUUGAAUUUAGAGAUUAACCUGCUUUUGUCAGCAGAUUUAUUGAAAUCUAUCAUGUAAAUAAAAGAUAAUGGCUGGCUCGGUUUUACUGGUAAAUCAAGAGACCAUAACACUGUAACACUGGAAAGAGUGGGAAUACCUGCAGUUUCCAGCCUGAGCUGAGGUCGGACACCAGCCUCUCUGACCGCUUCCUCCAUUUGAGCUGGAGAGGUCGAAAAAUCCAAGCUCAGCAGUCCACCUCUCCGGCCGUUUGCCGCCAUGAGAAUGGAAAUCUUACAGGUUAAUUUUGCUCCAUUCCAUCUGUUUUUGUUUAAUCUUUGUGAGCUCAGGAUGUUUGAACAUGUUAAAGGCUGCUAUUUGCUUUUCAUUUAUGGGCAUUUUUCUGUCAUCUAGACCUCCUCAUUCCUGUCUUGUGUUUGUCUUUUUUAGCUCAGGUUGAAAACCAGCACACUUACAUAACCGAGUGCAGAAUAAAGUAAUUAAUUUUCAUGCUGCUGUCAAAUAAAAAAAAAAUGCUGA